GUCUUGGGUGUGUGUGUGUGGGGGGGGUAAUGGUGCUAAUACAUAGUUACUCAUUUAUUCAACUAUAUGUGGAUGCCGACUCAGCGUCAGGCACUUACGACCACAUAUCUCAGUCUCAUGGACGAUAAGAAACACUGGCUGUUAUUUGCCCAUUACUGUACCAGGCCCUGUGCUUUACCUGCAUAAUAUAAUUCAGUUCCUACAGCUACUCUGAAGUAAGCUCACUUGUUACCUCCCUGUUACACAGAAGGAAGGUGGAGGAAGACCAAGGAGCUUGGCCAAGGUCCCACCCCUGAGUAAGCGGCUAAGGAGUGUUGAAGGACAAUCAUUCACCCUCAGUUUUUCUCUCGAAAGCCUCUCAUGUAUUUCCUUCUCUACACUCUUUUAUUAUUGUGUUCCUCACUCUGGGCUGUCACUUGACUGCUUUCCCACUGGUUUUCCUACCCAGACAGUGAGCUCAAUAAGGGCAAGAAGCAGAUCUCUCUUGUUCAUCGAGUUCUCCCCUCUUCCAGGAAGUCUUCACUCACCACCUCAGCCUAUGCUGGGUACCUCCUCUGGGCCGUCAGAGCCUGUUGUGCUUCCCGCGUCCCAGCCCCGACCCCCCUGCCUGUACAUCCCAGGCUAGCCCACUCUGGGCUGCCACUGUCUGGUCAUUGGUCUGUCUCCCCCACUUCCCUAGGGACCCAGUGAGGGUAGAAUCUGAGGCUCUCUCAGUCCCUGCUAUGUCCCAGCAUCACCCAGCCCCAGAGUUGGGCACAGAAAGAUAUCAGUGAAUAUUUGUUUGUUGCAUAGAUAAAUGAAUGGGUUCCAAAGUUGCUAUCAUAGUCCCAUGUUACUGAUGAGGAUACAGAGUUCCAGGUAAUUCAGGUGAUUUAUCUAAGUCAUACAACUAGUGAGAAAAUAAGCAGGUAUUUGAAUCUGGGCAGCUUGCAUCCAUAGCCUGUGUUCUUAUCCAAUAUGCCAAAUGCCUAGCGGUCUGAAAACCAGCCUUCCACGAGGUUGUUAUCUUCCUGCUCUUUCUCCCAGACUUGUUCUUUCCUUCUAGAAAGGUUUAGGAGCUUUGGGCAUGGGAGAGGAGAGCAAGCAGGAGGAUUGGGAGGGUAAGGGGAGUGCGAAGAAGGGAUUUGAAGGAGACAGUGGGGAAGUCUUGAGGGGUUUCUCUAGACCCAUAGGGGGCAGCCGGAGUCGGCUACCGGAGGUGCGGGGGCGGAGAAAGAAUGGGGACCAGCCCCGCGGGGGGGCGAUGCGGUAGCUGCAGCGGCGGCCGCAGGAGUUUCCCACAAUGCAGCGCGGCGCGCUGUCCCCGGUGCUGAUGCUCAGCGCUGCCCCGGAGCCUCCGCCGUGCCCGCCUCCCGCCCUUUCCCCGCCGGGCCCCAGCCCCCGCCAUGGGUCGGCUCGGUCCAGUCCUGCCCCAGAGCCGUCGGGGGGCCUGGGUGCGGCUCUCGACAGCAGCCUGCGGGCCGCCGUGGCGUUUAAGGCGGAGGGUCAGCGCUGCUACCGAGAGAAGAAGUUCCGGGAAGCCAUCGGCAAGUAUCAUCGGGCACUGCUGCAACUGAAGGCGGCGCAGGGGGCCCGCCCUGGAGGCCUGCCCGCUCCCGCCCCCGCCCCCGGGCCCGCCACCAGCCAAGGGCCAGCCCGCCUCAGCGAGGAGCAGCGGCGCCUGGUGGAGAACACGGAGGUGGAAUGUUAUGACUCUCUCACUGCCUGCCUGCUGCAGUCGGAGCUGGUGAACUACGAGCGGGUGCGCGAGUACUGUCUCAAGGUGCUGGAGAAGCAGCAGGGCAACUUCAAGGCGACCUACCGCGCCGGCAUUGCCUUCUACCACCUGGGCGACUAUGCACGUGCUUUGCGCUACCUGCAGGAGGCCCGCAGCCGCGAACCCACAGACACCAACGUCCUGCGCUACAUCCAGCUGACUCAGCUGAAGAUGAACCGUUGCAGCCUCCAGCGGGAAGACAGUGGGGCUGGGGCCGCGUCCCGGGGUGUCACUGGCUGAGGCCAACUUGGGGGGACCGUCCCUACCCCCACUGCCCCCCACCUCACCAUGUAACUUCCCCUGACUCAUGUGUUUGCUGGUAAAGCACUUGCCGCUGGUGACCACAACCUCUCCGUGUGGUGUUCUUGCGGGGGCCCGGGUGGGGACGUGGGCCUGGACCUCGGAGAUCCAGCGAGGCCUGGGA